AGCCUUUGCAUGGCCCACACCAUGAAGUGUGUUGACGUUGGCAGUAUUGUCCACCUACGAUCGAGCAGACCUUGUAGGAGAAUAGCAUUGCCCUAUUAUACGAAAUGAGAACAGUGGACCAUGGCUGUAAUCCAAUACUGCACGGAAAGAGCGGCAACGACCUACUUAAAUAUAUGUAACAUGUAUAUAUACACAUGCCCUGGUCAGCUGCAUAGUCGACAUUUCUGCCGCUCUCCAAUAUAUUGCACAAUGACAGUAAAACCGCUCAUCUACAUCCUCCACGGGUCAUGGCACGGUCCAGCUGGCUUCGAUACUGUCAAGUCGAAACUCGAGGACCUUGGAUAUACAGUCGUAUGUCCUCAACAGCCAUCGACAGGCGCAACGCCUCCCACCAAGACCAUGUACGACGACGCCGAGUUCGUGCGUGGGGAGCUUAAAUCCCUAGCUGAUCAAGGCCACGACAUCUUGCUGGUGAUGCAUUCGUACGGCGGCGUCGUUGGCACGCAAGCGGCCGCCGGGCUGGGCAAGACGGAACGGCAGAAGAAAGGCCAAAAGGGUGGUAUUGUGCGAUUGUUCUAUGCUUGCGCAUUCAUCUUGCCAGUAGGCCAUCAUCUCUGCGAUGCCGUCGGUGGUCAACUGGCGCCGUUCAUCAAGGCAGAAGAAGAUGGCAGUUGCCAUGUAAUGAACCCCGAACAGGUAUUUUAUCAAGAUUUGCCUGUCGAUCAGCAAAGGCAUUGGUCCUCUCAGUUGAAGCCCCAGACCACCAUCUGCCAAUUCAACCCAGUGACUCGGAUCGCGUACAAGGAUAUCCCGGUGAGCUAUCUGUAUUGCGAGAAUGACCAGGCAUUGCCAUUGUCUAUGCAGAGGCGGAUGGUCAAGGAAUGUGGCGUGAAGGUGCAGGAAUUCACAUGUACAGCUGGACACUCUCCGUUUUUGAGUCAGCCCGAAACAUUCGUCGACUUUGUGGUGACAGCAUCGGAAACCAUAGAAAGCUGAUAGCCUCGGUGAAGUGGUUUCAGGAAAGACUAUCGCACUGACCACAGGGGGAUCAUCCAAACGGAGAAGCAAGGAUCCCUUUUCAAUCGAACCAAGGAUGCCCAAAUGCCUUCUCCGUUGAUCUGCCUUUCCAAUCAUACAAAUCUUGUCAUGUGGAGGAGUCGGCGCGACACCGGGGUGCAUGUAUUUGGCGAGUGGCUUGGCGCAUGGUCGGUCAUCAUGUAGAAAUAGGGGUAUGUUUUGGCUGAACCCUAUGUACUCCAACUCAAGCGAUCUCUUCUAUGCGACAAAGGCCCGGCUCAUCGUGGUCAACACAAUGACAAUCGAUGGGCGGGGCAAAUAGGAUGAUGCUGCUGUAACCACACGCCCUCAGAGUUUUUCUAGACAUCAAAGUAUUGACACCGUUAUUCUGCACGGAAGGGUGUGACAUAUAGGGAAGUGUGACACAGCAAUACUCGCGAGGUUUCCCGUCGACAUGAAGGAAGUAUCCCAGAUGCAUCGUAUGCUUGCUGCUCGAGAAGUCAAUAUCAUGCAG